UGUUUUUGUUUUGCCUGUGUCUGUGUAAUGACGUGAUUUGUUCAAGGAAAACUGGAGAGUAUUUUUGUCUGCAGAGUCGUGCUGAUACUGAAAUUGAUUCGAAGCUGUUACGUAACAUAUUGGUGUUCGUAUGAAGCGGCGUAGUAUAGCAAUGGACGCAGAUGCCUUCAUAUCGUCGAAAGUUUCCCUUGUGGAAAGGAAUCCCCAGCCGAUGGGUCUGCAGCUGGUCAGCCCCACCGCCGUAGGCAGAACCGAUCGAGCCAGCCUCAUCGAACUGGCGCAGGAGAUUGAAAUGGCAGAUGAGUUUGUGCAGUCGACAGCCGGGGCACAGCUGCGGCUGAUAGCAGAGCAGGUGUCGGUGCUGCGGCGGCAGGCGGAGCGCGUGCUGUCGGAGGCAGCGCAGUCGCACCGCCUGCACCACGCGGCCUGCAACUUCCGCAAGGCGCCCGGCUCCGUCUACCACCUCUACCGCCGGCCCUCGGGACAGGAGUACCUCUCCAUGCUGGCGCCACAGGAGUGGGGUCCGAAGGGCCCGCCAGCGGGGCACGAGUUCCGCGGUUCGUUCAGGCUCGAGGCGGACCGCAGUUGGACGCCGGCGGGCGAGGGGCCCCCGCGGCCUGCGGCACGCGCCGUCGCGGACAUCUUCGGGCCCGCGGAGGACGCAGCCGCACGUUUUGACGUGACGCAGCCGCUGCGCGCCAUCGAGGGGCGCACCCGCGCGGCCUGGACGUCGUGACGCGAGCUCUCGGCUCGCGUGCGGCCGCGUUUUGUCGGCGGGUACUGCCGACGUGUGUCGGCGUAGGGAGUGAAGAAUUCUGUGUGGAAAACUGCUCCCCUUUCUGAGAGCUACCCCCUACACCGUGAAGGGAGUGCUUGGAAUUGUGUGCGGUGUCUGCCCGAGUUCCUGCUUAUCUCAAUGACUUAAAAUGUCAAGAGUUUCAUUUCAGAUAAUAUAUGCACUACUACAAUUAAUGUUACAUGAGAAAAUUGUAAACAUAUAGUAGAACAGCAUUAUCCGCUUCUCACUUUUAAUGCACAAACACAUUCACCACCUUCAGAACAGAGAAAAAUUUGAAAUGGAUGCGUGAGGUUACUGGCCUUUGUCUCCUGUGACAUCCAGCGGAUGACUGCCAAGUGCUUCACGUCACUGUGAAAUAGACUGGAGGUAAUUUUCGUGUGCUUCAUAUUUGUCUCUAUGCACACUGACUAUAAUUGGCUCAUUGAUAAUACGUUUCGUAAGGUUAUCAAUUCGCAAAGACUGCGAGGAGUCUGACUUUAUUAAGCUACUGCUCAUUUGCCAUUAUACAGGUGGUUGACUUGGUGCGACUUCACUGAAGGCGAGCUUUGUAGUUGGAUACAUUUGAUUGAACUCUUAGUGUGCUCAACCACUUGUGUGUGCAGGUUUUUGACAAAAUGUUAAAAUACAAAGUGAUUCUGCUAACAUAUCCACUUUGUGGGGCGACGGGUUAAUAACUUUUACGAGAGCCCGGAAACUAUUUCUGUGAUCAGCCAGAAAGCGACGGAGAACGUACUGGCCGUAGUUUCCGGUCUGCGAGUCCACAUUCUUGUCCGGCCCACUGAAAGAAAUGUUUCUAUUCUCUAUUUGCUCAGCGGGAUCAGGACUGUGAUUAUAAAUGAAGAUUCUGAUUUCUAAUUGAUACAUAAAUUUGGUAAUGUUUCACACGCACAA